AUGUCCUCCCCAAAAAACAUUAAAUCUAAUAAUAAUACUGAAAAGAUUUUAUCGAAAAGUAUCGAUGUUGCUGAACAAUUCAAUGAGUAUUUUACAAUUAUUGGCCCCAAUCUUGCAGCAAAAAUAUUUUCUAACAAUGACUUUGAGCAUUAUCUCAAUGACAGUAAUCCAGCCUCAUUCUUUUUUCGGCCAGUCAAUGAAAAUGACAUUGCCAACGAAAUAUUUCGUUUGGAUCCCCAGAAAGCAAUGGGACAGGAUUGCAUACACCCCCGGCUUAUAAUUGACGCUGCUUAUCAUAUUUCUCAUCCUCUAGCACACAUUGCUAACUCUUCCAUAACACAAAGUAUAUUCCCAGAUGCCCUUAAAGUUGCUAAAAUUAUACCAUUAUAUAAAAAGGGGUCAGCUUUAGAUGUUAGUAACUACAGACCGAUUUCAAUUUUACCUGUCCUUAGCAAGAUAAUAGAGUCUAUUAUUAACAAACAACUAAUGUCUUUCCUUGAUAAAUACAAUAUUCUUCUGCCAUCUCAGUAUGGGUUUCGGAAAAAAUUUAAUACAAAACUUGCCCUUGCCGAUUUAGUGUCUGAUAUUGUAGAUAAAAUGGAUGAAGGCUUUGUAACAUUUGGUAUUUUUAUUGAUCUAAAAAAAGCCUUCGAUACAAUUGACCACCAAAUUCUCCUUAAAAAAUUAGCAUAUUAUGGGGUCAGGGGUCUCCCACUCAAGUGGUUUCAUAGCUACCUUUCCAACCGCCAACAAGCAGUAAAUAUCGAUAGCACUAUGUCAGCGCAACGACUAAUUAAAUGUGGGGUUCCACAGGGUUCCAUUUUAGGACCAAUUCUUUUCCUUCUUUAUAUUAAUGAUAUUAACCAAUCCACUAAUGCAUUUGUUUUUCGUUUAUUUGCCGAUGAUACUAACCUGUUUAAAUACAUGAAAACACAUACAUGUACUAUUGACCUUAACACAAUUAACAACGACAUUGGUAAAGUGAUAGAAUGGUGUAAUGCUAACAAACUAACAGUGAGUGUAGACAAGACUAAUUACAUGAUUAUGAAAACGCCCCCAAAACGAACCCAAAUAAUAGGCCAUCUAACUAUGACGGGCACGCCGAUAGAGGGCGUACAGACAGCUACAUACUUAGGUGUUUCUAUUGACCCCUCACUUACCUGGAAAUCUCAUAUAGAAAAA